UCCAACUGUGCGUUCGCGUUCUGAAGGGGUUCCAUCUGCGAGUUGAUUUUUCGAAAAGUUUCAUUUUUUUCAAGAACCAUGUCGGAAAACCGUCUUAGAAACUUCAAGAACAAAGGAAAGGAUACUGGUGAAUUACGACGUAGGCGCACUGAUGUGACGAUUGAGUUAAGGAAGAGUAAGAGGGAUGACCAGAUUCUCAAGAGACGCAAUAUCUCUCAAGAUCAAAGUAACAGUCCAUUGAAAGAAAUUAAUGGUCAGCAGCAGACUUGUACUCAGCUGCCACUCUCUACCAUCACAGAGUAUCUCCACUCAAAUGAUGAUAAAGCCAUAUUUCAUGCUGCUCAAAUCUCCAGGAAAAUGCUAUCAAAACACAAAAACCCUCCAAUCAAAGAUUUCAUAGACUCUGCACUUGUACCAAAAUUUGUGAGCCUCUUGGGGAGAUUUGACAAUCCUUCCAUUCAAUUUGAGGCUGCCUGGGUGCUAACAAACAUUGCAUCAGGCUCCUCUGAUGAGACAAAAGUUGUAGUAGAAUCAGGUGCUGUGCCCAGAUUUGUCAGCCUGCUUUCAUCACCCGAGUCUCAAGUUCAGGAACAGGCUGUGUGGGCUCUGGGAAAUAUAGCAGGUGAUGGUCCAAAUCUUAGAAAUUUUGUCUUGGGCCAUGGUGCUUUGAGACCUUUACUGGAAUUGAUCAAACCAAACCAAAAUCUCCCAUUUCUUCGCAAUGUAACAUGGACACUGUCAAAUCUGUGCCGAAACAAGAACCCACCUCCAGAGAUAGCAGCAGUUAUUGAGAUCCUUCCAGCUUUGGUACUGUUGAUCAAUCAUACAGACAAAGAGAUUCUCUCUGACACUUGUUGGGGUUUGUCAUAUUUGACUGAUGGAACAAAUGAUAGAAUUCAACUUGUAAUUGAUUCCGGAAUUCUUCCAUCAUUGAUCAAUUUAUUGGGCCACACUGAAGUGACUGUUGUGACACCAGCCCUGAGAGCUGUUGGUAAUAUAGUGACAGGAUCUGAUCUUCAGACACAAUUGGUGAUAGAGAAAAAUGCCUUGUUCUUCUUUAAAAAGCUUUUGUCACACCCUAAAGCCAGCAUUGUUAAGGAGGCAACCUGGGCAAUAUCAAAUAUUACAGCUGGGCCAAAAGAACAAAUUCAGGCUGUAAUUAAUGCAGGCUUGGUACCUUCCAUUGUAGAUGUUCUAAAGGGAAAGGACUUGAAGAGCCAGAAAGAGGCUGUGUGGGCCAUCACCAACUUUACAUCAGCCAGCACAAUAGACCAGAUAACCUUCCUUGUUGAAAAUGGGGUCAUUGAGCCAAUGUGUAGUCUCUUGAAUGUUUUGGAUGCCAAGGUAAUUCUUGUUCUUUUGGAUGGAUUCAGAAACAUCCUCUCUACUGCUAGUCAAAAUGCUCCCAUCCUUGAGCUGAUAUGCACCCAAAUGGAAGAGCAUGAUGGUGUCCAAAGAAUUGAGGGUUUACAGACACAUCAAAACUUUGAGGUGUACAAAGCUGCUCUGGCAAUAAUUGACAAAUUUUUCUCAGAUGAGAGUGCUGAGGAAACAGAGCAUAUUGCUCCAGAAGCUACAAAUGAAGGAUACAAGUUUGGAACUCCGCAGCCCUUACCAAUGGGUGGAUUCCAUUUCUAAUAGUUGUGUUCAUUAUUGACUUAUUAGCUUUCAACAAGCAAAGAUGGCAAUUGCAAAAUAUUAGGAUGCAAAGAAAGCUUAAAUUAGGAUUAAUGUGAGAAUUUGUCAGUUAAAAUAUUGCUUUGUGCAAUGCUGAUACUACUCUGUAGCUUAGGACAAUUACUGUUGUCUGUAAAUAAAAUUGAAAAUUUUGAAUAAAAUCAAAGAGCUCUCAUAGGUUGCAAGAUGAAAAUGAGAAUAAAAACAUUUGCCAGGAUCAGGUAAAUCAUUGCUGAGUAAAUUCUAAAGGAAAUUAGAGUAAGUUUAUGAAAUAUGUCAAAUCUCUUGAAAAUGUAAAUUACUGAGAGGACAGUUGGCCUUGGGGGAACAAUAAAUCACCCUUGAUAUGUACUUUACUUUCUGCCCAUCAUGCUUGUGUGGCACAUAGGGCAGCAACGAAAUCCUUCCAGCCCUGCCUAUCUUUAGCCAGUUUUUCAAUGGUGCUCCAGCUGUAAUUGAGCUCCCUUAGUCUACAGUCCUGCAUCAAGUUGUUUUCGGUCGCCCUCUGCUUUGUUUGCCUUCAGGUGUCCAGUGCAUUGCAAUCCUGGCUAUGUUGUUACUGGGCUUCCGCAUCACAUGUCCAAUCCACCUCCAUCUUCUCCUGGUGACAAGUGUAUGAAUAUCUAGCUAGCUGUGUGGAAGGAUGCUAGUCUUGAGAGAUCUUGUUCUGUCAUUCGCCAGCAUUCCAAGCUGUAAAGGAGUUGACAAUAUGCAGCUCUGAUAGAUUCUAAGCUUCAUCUUUGUGCUGUAGCUUGCUGACCUCCACACUGAUCUUAUGCUCAUACCUUGAUUGUAACCGUACAUUUUUGUUCACCUCUGAGUAGGUUUGUACCAGGCACUUAGCAUAUAAAAGUUGUUCAGAAGUAUGUUUCAACUUCUCAUGGCUUUGGAAGGUUUGCGGUUUCAACAAAUCAGAUAUCUAUAGCCACAUCUAAAACCUAUUACCAAAAAUCCCUGCACCUCUCUUGUAAAUACUUGCCAUUUCUCCAGUUGAUAAACUAUUGUGCUGUUUAGUUGUACACUUACAGAAUGUCUGAUAUGUUACAUGAGAAAAUUUGAAUAAAUGAUUUUUUUAAACCACA